ACACAAACCUGUUUCGAUUGCCAAUUGAUGCAUCCCAUGGGCCCGUAGAGGGCACGGCCGAGGUACUACCAUACUAGUGCAAUUCUAGUGCGGAAGAGUUUCCCACUGAAAUUGUCUCCAGGACAGCAAAUAAUUCUCCCCGCUCCUCCUCUCUUCUCCUUCAUAGAUUGAACUGCAACUACUUCGAUUUUCAGUUUCAGUACACUAAUGAACUCUCUCAGUCCUCUUCCCAAACAGAAAAACCCCUAAAAAUGUGUUUAAAAUUCUAGAUCUUUAGCACAUGAUCGAUCAUGGCGAAUUACUUAGCUCAAUUUCAAACAAUCAAGAGUGUUUCUGAUCACUUGGUUAUUUCAGUUGAAGAUGUGAGCGAUUUGUGGAACGUGGUUAAAAAGGAAUUUGAAGAGCGUUUGCCAUUUAAAAGAGCUUGUUUAAACAACAAGGCUCGUAACCCCGUGUAUGUGGAAAAACUACCUGCUGAGUUCAUUUUAACAACUGAUGCAAGACUCAGAAGCCGAUUUCCUCAAGAGCAGUCAAUAUUUUGGUUUCGGGAGCCAUAUGCAACUGUGGUCCUAGUUAGUUGCGAGGAUUUUGAUGAAUUCAAGAACAUUCUAAAACCACGUCUAAAGUUGAUUGUGCAAAAUGAUGAAAGGGAGUGGUUUAUCGUAUUUGUGUCGAAAGCUCACCCCAGCAAUGACUCGGCUACUAAGUUGGCAAAAAAGAUAUAUUCGAAGCUUGAGGUGGAUUUUAGCUCGAAAAAGAGAGAAAGGUGCUGCAAACUAGAUUUGCAUGGGACAGAACCAAAUUUUUGGGAGGAUUUGGACUCUAAGAUCAUGGAGUCUAUAAGAAAUACACUGGAUAGACGUGUUCAGUUCUAUGAAGAGGAAAUUCGCAGGCAAAGUGAACAGCGCUUCAUGCCAAGUUGGAAUUUUUGUAACUUCUUCAUUUUGAAGGAAAGCUUGGCUUUUAUGUUUCAGAUGGCUCAUUUGCAUGAGGAUUCGUUACGCGAGUAUGACGAAUUGGAACUUUGCUAUUUGGAAACAGUUAAUACUUCAGCCUUGAGAAAGAGGGAUUUUGGAGGAAUGGACCAAGGAGAUGAUCAGGCAGCACUCCUAAAACCCGAAUAUAAGCCACUAUCGCAGAUCGUCCAAGAUGAUUCAUUUAGAGAAUUUGAAUUUCGGCAGUAUCUGUUUGCCUGUCAAUCCAUGUUGUUGUUCAAGCUAAAUCGUCCGGUUGAGGUUGCUUCAAGAGGUCAUUCUUUCAUAAUCAGCUUCUCGAAGGCCUUGGCAUCACAAGAACAUCUCUUACCCUUCUGUUUGCGUGAAGUAUGGGUAAUAACCGCAUGCUUAGCUUUAAUUGAUGCAACCAGUUCCCAUUAUAAGGAUAAGGAUAGGCUUGUGGCGCCUGAUGUUGAGAAGGAGUUCCACCGCCUUCAGGGUGAUCUUUAUUCACUAAGUAGGGUUAAGUUCAUGAGGCUUGCAUAUUUAAUUGGAUAUGGACCAGAAAUAGAAAGGAGUCCUGUUAACAGUGCUGCAUUAAGCAUGCUACCUUGGCCCAAGCCAACAGUGUGGCCUUCACUUCCGACUGACGCUUCAGCAGAAGUGCUUACAAAAGAAAAAAUGAUUCUUCAAACAAACCCCAGAUCCAAGCACUUUGGUAUACAGAGGAAACCAUUGCCUCUGGAACCUUCUGUGCUUCUACGAGAGGCUAAUAGGCGAAGGGCUUCUCUUUCUGGGGGAAAUAUGUUUGAAAUGUUCGAUAGUCGCCCAAGUUUCAUUGAUGGCUCAGGAGUGGAUGCAGCUCUGGGGAUGCCAGUAUCAAAUAAGGUUAAUGCGGGUAUGCCCAGAACCAACUCUAUCCCAGGAAAUUUUGAGAGCUUAGUUGAUCGGCCUAUGCGAAUAUCAGAAAUUCAUGUCGCUGCAGAGCAUGCCCUGCAGCGUACAAUUUCUGAUCCUGAUUUGUGGAAGUUCUUAUCAUCUGUAAACGACUUUGAGCAAAAAUAUCUCGAGCUAACAAAAGGUGCAGCUGAUAAUUAUCACCAUUCUUGGUGGAAAAGACAUGGUGUUGUCCUAGACGGCGAGAUUGCUGCUGUUUACUAUAAACAUGGAAAUUUUGACCUAGCAGCUAAGUCAUAUGAGAAGGUUUGUGCUCUUUAUGCUGGUGAAGGAUGGCAGGACUUGCUGGCUGAAGUUCUUCCCAAUUUGGCCGAGUGUCAAAAGAUACUGAAUGAUGAAGCUGGUUAUCUAUCUUCUUGUGUAAGGCUGCUGUCACUGGAUAGUGGCUUAUUUUUAACUAAAGAACGCCAAUCAUUUCAGUCAGAGGUUGUUCGGAUUGCCCAUAGUGAAAUGAAGCAUCCUGUUCCUUUGGACGUGUCAUCAUUAGUAACAUUUUCUGGGAAUCCUGGCCCACCACUCGAGUUGUGUGAUGGGGAUCCUGGUACCCUAACUGUAACAGUCUGGAGUGGAUUUCCUGAUGAUAUAACACUUGAUGCACUCAGUCUGUCUCUGAUGGCUGCAUAUAAUGCUGAUGAAGGUGCAAAGCCCAUAAUAAGUUCCAAACCGACCAUAUUGAAGCCCGGCAGGAACUCCAUUACUCUUGCCAUACCCCCACAAAAACCAGGAUCAUACAUCUUGGGUGUUCUCACUGGGCAGAUUGGGCACCUAAGGUUUCGAUCGCACAGCUUCUCUAAAGGCGGACCUGCAGACAGUGAUGAUUUUAUGAGCUACGAGAAGCCAGCACGGCCAAUCUUAAAGGUCUUCAAGCCAAGACCUCUAGUUGAUCUUACUGCUGCCAUAUCGUCUGCUUUGCUGAUGAAUGAACCACAAUGGAUUGGAUUAAUAGUAACGCCUAUUAACUACUCCCUUCGAGGUGCUUCCUUGCAUAUUGAUACUGGUCCUGGCCUGAAAAUUGAGGAUUCACAUGCUAUUGAGAUGGAGAAUCACAGUAAGGUACUACAGAACACUGCUCGGACAGGGAACUCUGACGAUUCUAAAAAUGAAAGUUCUUCUGUUUCUGAAGAAUUUGCGCAGCUGAUGAUUAAAGAUGGUAAAAUAGAGUUGCCAGAUUGGUCAAGCAAUUCCGCCUCUGUUUUGUGGUUUCCUGUACGUGCGACUGACAGUAGGUCGGCAGAUGGAAUUUCAUCAGUUGCUGCUCAGAGACAAAGUAUAGUUGAUGGCAUGAGAACAAUAGCGUUGAAACUUGAAUUUGGAAUUUCUCGUAACCAGACAUUUGAAAGGACUCUCGCUUUGCAUUUCACUGAUCCUUUCCAUGUGAGUACACGUGUAGCAGACAAGUGCAAUAGUGGUACUUUACUUUUGCAGGUCACUCUACAUUCCCAAGUGAAGGCCACAUUGACCAUAUAUGAUGCGUGGCUGGAUCUGCAAGAUGGAUUUGCUCAUACAGGGGAGGGUGAUGGCAGGCCAACUUCAAGCUUCUUCCCACUUGUCAUUUCCCCAUCAUCUAGAGCAGGAAUCCUGUUUGGGAUCUGCUUAGGGAAUGCAACAAAUGGAGAUGAAACUGCAAGGAUAAAUUCUGAUAGUAUAUUAAAUAUCAGAUAUGGAAUCUUAGGUGAUAGAACAGUUGGAGCACAUAAUCCUGUAGCCACUGAAUCUGAAGGUGAUAAAAAAGAUUUGCUCUUCAGGAGUGCACUCGUUCUGCAAAGGCCUGUGCUUGAUCCAUGCCUGGCAGUUGGAUUUCUUCCCCUCCCCUCAGGUAGUCUGAGAGUUGGUCAGCUUGUUAGCAUGAGAUGGAGAAUUGAAAGGUUAAAGGAAUUUGACGAAAACACAAUUUCCCCUGACAAUCAAGAUGAAGUAUUAUAUCAAGUGAACACAAAUCCCACAAACUGGAUGAUAGCUGGAAGGAAGCGUGGCCAUGUUUCACUAUCUACGAAGCAAGGUUCGAGGAUCGUUAUAUCAAUUACAUGUGUACCUUUGGUGUCUGGAUAUAUUCGUCCUCCUCAACUGAGUCUGCCGAAUCUAGAUGAUGCUAAUAUAAGCUGCAAUCCUGCUGGCCCACACCUGGUCUGCAUUUUACCUCCAGCUCUCAGUUCCUCAUUUUGUAUCCCAGCAUAAAUUAAGUGAGCUUUAUCCUUGUCGGCAUCAGUAGUUAUUCUUUCCUCCUACCACAAAUAUCCACCUUAGAAACCUGUAAAGUUACAGUUUUGGUAAUUCUCUGGUUAUCACAUACUUUUUUAUAUAUUUUUUUUAUUCUUUCCUUGUUUUCGUCUUUCUUUACUUCUUUUGUAAUUCAAACAUUCGAUUUUGCGUGAUGUGUAACUGAAUAUUUGAUUUGUUGACAAAACAUCAAUUCUGGCGAUUCUUAUAAUUGA